AUGGGGUGUGCGCAAUCUAGGGUUGAUAACGAAGAGGCCGUGGCGAGAUGCAAGGAGCGGCGAAACGUCAUCAAGGAAGCGGUUGCGGCCAGCAAAGCUUUCGCCGCCGGUCAUUUCGCCUACGCCAUUGCUCUGAAGAACACUGGCGCUGCUCUCAGUGACUAUGGCCAUGGCGAAUCCGAUCAAACUCUAGACGUCUUGGAUCAAAGCCAUUUCCAGCACCAGAGUGACCGUACUGCGGAUCCCGCUCCUCAGCCUCCUCCGCCUCCGCCUAUUGAGAACCUCCCUCCUCCGCCUCCUCCUCUCCCCAAAUUCUCUCCUUCUCCGAUUAAGCGGGCUAUUAGCUUGCCCACCAUGGCGGUUAGAGGUAGGAAGCUUCGGGCUGUUGAUUCCAUGGCGAUUGAGGAGGAAGAUGAAGAUGAAGAGGAAGAAGAAGAGGAGGAGGGAGUGAAGGACGGUGCGAGAGCCACUAUCCGUAAGGAGGAGGAACAGUCUUCUCCACGGACGCCGGAGAAUGUUGGGAAAGGUAGAAAGCGACCGGAGACGCCGGAGAUAGUGAGUGCGUCGCCGGCGAAUAGCAUGGCCUGGGAUUAUUUUUUCAUGGUGGAGAAUAUGCCUGGACCUAACUUAGAUGAUAGAGAAAUGGGAAACGGGUAUCAGAAUCAGAAUAAUCAUCAUUUUCAGUUCAAUGAGGAAGAGGAAGAAGAAGAAGAAGAGGAGAGAUCUGGAAUAUUCCGUAAGAAAUCCGGCCAUAAGGCUGCUAAGGAAAUGGAGCCAAAAACGCCGGAGAGAAUGGAGGAAGUUGAAGAAGAAGAAGAAGAAGAUGAAGAGGAGGAGGAAGAUGAAGAUGAAGAAGAAGAGGAGGAAGAGGAAGAGGAGGAAGAAGAGGAUGCAGUGGUGGCAGAAGCUAAGAAGAAAAAGAAAGGAAAAGCUAAGAUUGAGCAUUCGAUCACUGCUCCACCGGAGUUCCGGCGUGCGGUUACCAAGACCACCGCAUCAAGUGUCAAUUUGAUGAAGAUUCUCGAUGAGAUUGAUGAUCGAUUCCUCAAGGCCUCAGAGUGCGCUCAAGAGGUCUCCAAGAUGCUCGAAGCCACAAGGCUUCAUUAUCACUCGAAUUUUGCAGAUAACCGAGGGUAUGUUGAUCAUUCUGCUAGGGUAAUGCGGGUUAUAACAUGGAACAAAUCGUUAAGAGGCAUAUCCAAUGGUGAAGGUGGAAAAGAUGAUCAAGAACUAGAUGAGCAUGAAACUCAUGCGACCGUGUUGGACAAACUGUUAGCAUGGGAGAAGAAACUCUAUGAUGAAGUCAAGCAAGGUGAGCUUAUGAAGAUAGAGUAUCAGAAGAAAGUAUCUUUACUCAACAGGCACAAGAAACGAGGCGCGAGUGCAGAAACCGUAGAGAAAACAAAAGCGGCAGUGAGUCAUCUACACACAAGAUAUAUCGUUGACAUGCAAUCCAUGGAUUCAACGGUUUCAGAAGUAAACCGUUUAAGAGAUGACCAAUUGUAUCCAAGACUCGUCUCUCUAGUUGAAGGGAUGGCGAAGAUGUGGACAAACAUGUGCAUACAGCACGACACGCAACUAAAGAUUGUCGGAGAGCUAAAAUCACUCGAAAUCUCAACUUCUCAGAAAGAAACCACAAAGCAGCAUCACCAGCAGACGCGGCAGUUCUGCACCGUCUUGGAAGAAUGGCAUGUUCAGUUCGAUAGGCUCGUGACUCACCAGAAGCAGUACAUAAACUCUCUCAACACCUGGUUGAAGCUAAACCUUAUCCCCAUCGAGAGCACUCUCAAGGAGAAGGUUUCUUCACCUCCAAUGCCUCAGCGACCGCCAAUCCAAGCUCUUCUCCACUCGUGGCACGACCGUCUCGAGAAGCUUCCCGACGAGGUCGCGAAAUCAGCCAUCUCGUCUUUCGCAGCGGUCGUCAAAACGAUACUGCUUCACCAGGAGGAAGAGAUGAAACUGAAGGAGAAAUGCGAGGAGACGCGGAGAGAGUUUAUAAGGAAGAAGCAAGGCUUUGAGGAAUGGUAUCAGAAACACUUGCAGAAGAGAGGACCGACGGAGGAAGCUGAAGGCUUCGGGGAAGACGGAGCAACAAACGCAAGCAAAGAUCAUGUGACGGAGAGGAGGAUUGUGGUGGAGACACUGAAGAAAAGGCUUGAAGAGGAAGAAGAAGCUCACCAGAGACAUUGUGUUCAAGUGAGAGAGAAAUCUCUAAACAGUUUGAAGAUCAGAUUGCCUGAGAUCUUCAGGGCACUGUCUGAUUAUGCUCACGCUUGUGCUGACUCAUACGAGAAGCUCAGAAUCAUAUCGCAGGCUCAGAAAGCCACUGUAUCUUCUUGA